AUGGCGACGCCAUCGUCCAAGCCGAACCCAGGAGCAACACCGACCUACCUGACUUCCUCGCCUCAUCCAGCUGGCGCGCAUCCAGCCCGCCCCAUCGCGCACAAGUCACCCGCGGGGAGAACCCCCUCCGUCUCCGGACCGGGCGGUCACAUCCAGCCCCCCAACAGCAGCAACCCCGCCAACGCCUCGGCGCACCACUAUGCCACCCCGCUCGCGGCGACGACCGGGGCCGACGACCCCGUUACGCUGAGCUCACCGUCGGCCCUGCUCGCGCUCGGCGGCUACAGCGGGAUCAGCCCGUCGCCGGCCGGCCAUGACGGCGGCCUGGUGGGCGCGGGUAUGAACGACAGCGACAUCCAGGCGCUGGGCAUGCAGGGCCUGAAACUGGGCGGCGGGGGCGGCGUGCGGGACAAUGACGAGGAGCGGAAGAGACACAUUGAGGAUGUGGUGCAGCUGCUGCGGACGCGCAUCGCGGGCCGCGGGGUCUGCCGCGAGAGCAUUGAGCGCCUGGGCCAGCUCGAAGGAUUCGAGUCGAUCUGGCAGGAGGACAGCCUCAGCAUCGCCGGCAACUUUGUGGAUCUCGAGAUCGAGUUCCACCGCGGCCACAAUGUUGUCAAGGAGGUGAGUCUGAGCUACGUGACGCCCGAGUCGACGGACGGGGAACAGCGCGAGGAGGCGACGGCCGUGCUGAAGCGCGACCUGAUCCAGUCCCCCGCGGACGGCGAGCGGGGCGCGUGGAAGCCGCUGACCGGGUUCCAUGAGAACUUGCAGUGGCUGGCGCGCCAUGAUAGACUCAGUCAGGAGGUCAACUGCUUUGAGGCGAUCGAGGGCUUGUAUGAGAGCUUGAAGCGCGUGUGGGAGGCGGAGUGGGAUCAGCGCAAGUUCUUGGGCGUCUACGAUCAUCUCUGCAGUGGCUGGGUUGGUCGGCCGUCUCUACACAAGGGGGGUCGCGUGGGGCUCGGCCUUGAUUACUGGGUGCAGCAAGCGCGGGUCCUGGAUGCGAAGCAAGCGAAGCAGAAAUCCGCCUCUUCCGACGAGAUGGUCGUCGAUCAGCCGGCGGAGGAAGACGAGGCCGCGCGAAAGGGCAAGUGGAGCGUUGUGGUCGAGUGCGAGGAGGGAUAUCCAUCUCUUCGCGUGUCGAAAGACUGGGUUGCCGCGGAGGUUCUGACAACGGUCCACAAUGGCGAGAAUGGUCCCUCCUCGAGUGAGUCGGCCGGGUCUUCCGAGGGAGUUGUGGUCAACUGGGCCGAGCCCCCCGAAACCGUGAUUGCGGCCGCGCAAGGCCACUCGGACGCCCUGGCGCUCGACUCGAACAUGCUGGGCUCUUCUGCGCCCAACCGCCGGUUUGUGGCCAGGAUGGAACCCCCGCUGGAUCUCCCCAUCUUGGCGGCGUCAGAUAUCUACCGCCAUCUCGGCAUGCAGUUGCCUCCGGAAUUCAAGAUGGUCACAUACGAUGGACUGUUGGCCCCUGGCUGGUCGCCAUUAUCGGCGGCUGGUGCGAUGGGACUGGGACCGGAAGAAGCAUCGCAGCUUGGUCGCAGAAGCCGUAGGCUGUCAUUGCAGACCAUUGACAAAGAUGGCAAGCCGUGCAAGAAACAGCAUUGCUACACGUUCCAGCCAUUCGAAUCUGUCGCAGGUCGGACCCUGAGAGACAUUCCGUUCUCGCACCCAAGACAGCUUGCAGAUAUACUUCCGAUCUUACGACAGUACGCGUUCCUGGCGAAUUUGAUUCGUGGCAUCUUCACUACUACGACCAAGCCCGACAACGACAAAAUCCAUGCACAGGAAGAUCUUUUCAAAGGGUUCUUCAAUCUCUCGAAUGCCAACAGAUCGCAGACGAUAACCAAGGGUGACAUCAUUAUUCUCAGCAAUGACGAUCCCAACGAGAAGAGGUUAAACUCAUUGCUUGGAGGGUUUGGACAAGCAGGAACUUUUGGACAAGCAGGUGCUCAUACUAUAGGCAAGGGGAAAGGUGCUAUGGACGGAAGCUCUGAUGAUGAUUCGACCACCGAGGAUGACGUCAAAGUAGACGUGACCUUGCGCACGCAGCUUGGUCAAGCCCCGGUCAUCAUGCUCCUGUUCACUGUGAACAACCUUCAAGGGAGAUCGACACUGGAUCAAGAAUAUUCUGUGCUGAGCAAAGUCUCCGUUAGCCUUGAAGUCGGACUCAACGGUCGCGUGUCCGUCAUCGACAUGACUGGUUUGUUUGAUGAUGAGAACACCAGUAUGGAUCCGAUGGACACUCAAGCGAGCGGAGGCCAUGACAAUGAGAUAUCCGAGUUGCAGAAGACCAUCGCGAGGGUAUUAGAAGUCUCGCAGGACUUGGGGAUUCUGGUAGAGUGGGUUUUACGAUGGGCCCGGCAGCGCAAGAGCCGCUAA